CCUCUCUAAAGAGUCCAAAAAGUCGCGCUCGACGCAUGUAAAUCAAGACAUUGCAUGGCUGUCGCAGGCGACGGAACCCAUUUUGACGAUAUAACGUUUCUGUGAUCUAUAAUCCACCUACAGGCUCCGGAUGCCAUAUGAAAGAAACUAAAAAGUGGUCGACGAAACGGGUCUGAGCCACGGCAACCCUCGUGGACAGCCUGAAGUCGACUUGGAAUCAGUCUACGAGUGCUCCCACAGGACAGGCCUCAAGGCUUCAAUAACGUCACCAUGAACGCCGUUGAUGGGUCUGAUCACUAUGAGCGCACAAUAACGGAGGAGUCCCCGUCACUUCUAACAAUCGUCCUCGACACGAAUCCCCAUGCCUGGGCGCUCCUCCAUGAUACCCUACCUCUUUCCAAAGCCGUCGCCAAUCUUAUGGUAUUCAUAAAUGCCCAUCUAGCCUUCAACAAUUCCAACCAGGUGGCAGUUGUCGCAAGCCACAGCCAUCGUGCGGCAUGGCUCUAUCCCCGCCCUCCCAGUGCGCGCGGGGCUGGAGAAGAUACAGCGAUGACCGAUGGGCAUGAUCGCACGACCAAGGCCCCAAACGACGCGAACAAGUACCGCCCAUUCUCUCUUAUCGAGUACGACCUUCUCACUUCCUUACGAGAGCUCAUCGACUCGACGACUACAGAAGACGUCGCCUCCACAACCACCACCCAAAUGGCUGGGGCGCUGACCCUCGCACUUUCAUACUCGAACAAGGCCACAGUGACCUACAACGAGUCCGGUGUCUCUCCCAGCGGCAAGUCCCACCCCGACGGAAGUGAGAACCCCACAGAUGAUGCCCCCCGAGGGCUCCUGUGCCGCAUCCUCGUCAUCUCCGUAUCAGGAGACUUAGCACAUCAAUACAUCCCUAUCAUGAACACCACAUUCGCGGCCCAACGACUGCGGAUCCCAAUCGAUAUUCUCAAGUUAUCAGGAGAUACCGUGUUCCUGCAACAGGCUUCCGACGCCACGAAUGGAACCUACAUGCAACUACGCAACCCCCAAGGCCUCCUUCAAUCUCUUAUGCUCGGUUUUCUCCCCGAUCAGAGCGCGCGGACACAUCUAAUAUCUCCAACACAAGAGGUGGUUGACUUCAGAGCGGCUUGUUUCUGCCACAGGAAUGUGGUUGACGUCGGGUUUGUAUGCAGCAUUUGCCUAAGCAUAUUCUGCUCGCCCCCGGAAGGUGCGAUUUGCCUUACAUGCGGAACACAUCUCGCCCUCGGCAACUACGGCGCAAAACCAGCGGUCGUGCCGAGGAAAAAGAAGAAGAAGAGGAGGAUUGUUAAUGGUACCGAGUCUGGCUCAAAUGUUGGGACACCAGUGCCCGGCGAAUAAUGUGUAUUUUUUACUCGGUUGUCCUAUAAUAGACAGGUUAUAAAAGGAUAUCAGGAUGUUAUUGUGAUUGUGGUGCACAGUGGGUGAAUAAACACAGAAUGUGUACAAGUAUAUGGCUAUAAUAUUCAACUAAGAUCUAGCUAACUAAGUAAUCAAAACGCCAGAUCCCUGUUACCG